AUGGGGAGGCGGCCUUGCUGCGACAAGGUGGGGCUGAAGCGAGGAAAAUGGACAGCGGAGGAGGACGCCAUGCUCGCAAAAUAUAUUGCCCAGCACGGCGAGGGCUCAUGGAGGUCUCUGCCCAAGAAUGCGGGGCUACUAAGGUGUGGCAAGAGCUGCAGGCUGCGGUGGCUCAACUACCUGAGGGGCGGGGUUAGGAGGGGCAACUUCUCUAAGGAGGAGGACGAUCUUAUCGUCAGACUCCAUGCGACCCUUGGCAACAGGUGGUCGUUGAUCGCCAGACAACUGUCUGGGCGGACUGACAAGGAAAUCAAGAACUACUGGAACUCGCAUCUUAGCCGGCAAAUCCACAGCUUCCGACGGGCGUACACCACCGGCAAGGAAACCACCGUAACCAUCCACAUCAACAAGUGGCGAGGAAUGCGGGCGCCUGGUAAGUCGCCAAGGAACAAGACAAAGAAGCCGCCAGUGCCUGAGCUCACUAAUGUGAAUGAUGUAUCUAGCCUGGUUGGUGCCAUAUCAUCAACAUCAAGGCUACCUGAAGGCUACUUGGAGCAGAAUGAUCGCAUCAACAACAUGAGUGUCAGCCGCACUUCUGGUGAGCGCUACAGCGAGGAGCCCAUUCUCGUGGACCCUGAAGAUCGGAAUGGCGUUGUGCCGAGGCCGAACUGCAUGGUAGAUCAGAUUGGGCUCACGGAAGCAAACAACUCAAUGAAUGGGAUUGGGAUUUUGAAGGACGACAGUAAAAUGGAGGCCCUGCUGUCAAGCAUCAACAUGCCAGCUAGUGGGCUUAAUGGCAUUGAGCACGAAUCCCACUCUGGGGUGGAGGAUCUCAUGGAUACGGACUGGGAGGGGUUGUCAUCCCAUAUAUGGGACAAUCCAACACAGGAUGAUCUGCUCGAGACAACUGAACCGCGUGUAAGAAUGAGCUUUGAGUCAGACAAGCGCGAGCCAUUCGUCAAUUGCCUAUUCUCUGAAGCGUGCUAA